UGCCUGGAGAAGAGUUUUAGUUUAGGCGCUGUCAUCGGCCGUCAUCUCCGUCGAUGGCAUUGACGGGUUUAAGAUGGCCGUGGGAUAUCGUAGUGGAGAAUAUUUUAAUAGUCUCGGCAAAAAAGCGUAAUUUUUUUACACCCACAACAAUUCACUCAGUCACGCCGUCCGUGUAUUCCGAGGUCAGCUUUACUGAGACCUGCCCGUAUCUCUGCGACGGUACCGUUGAAAAAGAGCUAUGAAAAAAUGGUGUUCUGUGACACUAGCUGAUUCUUGCGAGAUCCUUCGAUGUCAUUAAGGAGGAUGAUUUCACAAAUUUUUCGGCGUUUUCGCCCUUGACCGAAAUAAAACAACUGACGUUCUAUUCGAUCGUCAAUAUGACUCCUGAUUUGAAUCGGAAACGUGGCUCGUCUGUCAGCUUUACCAGAGCUAAGGAUGAUAGUGAAGAUGCUGAGGAUGAGAUUCACAUAUCUCUGGCACCAUAUGUACAGACAUACCUGGCACACAGUGGUCAGGGCUUAGGAUGCUGCGGUGUCAAUCUGCCUGUGCCGUUUGAACGUGCUGCCCCAAGAUCCUGGUGGAACCCUAGAUUCGACUCGGAAAUUCUCGAGGAGCAGUAUAGAAGAAGUGCCUUUCCUCAAAUUAGAUUAAGAUUUCGAUAUGCUCUCACAUAUAUCCUUCUGGUGUCCUUAUGUUGGCUGGUGUAUUUUGUGAUAAUUGGAAUAGAAAACAGUACAUCAACAUGGGCAGCGAUAGCGGGCGCCUUCGGUAUUGUCGGCGCCAUGGUGUCGGGCGUGCUUUAUUUGACGUAUACGGAUUACUACAAAUCCUACGUACAGCCGAUUUCCCUAGGAGUCGCGUUCAUGCUCUGUUUCUUGUCCUUACUCUUCCUCGCCGUGGUACCGCCUCACAUGGGCGGUCUGACUCAGGUCGGACACUUCGCCUUGUGCUCGGAGAUCUUAUUAGUUAUUUAUACGGUGCUACCGAUGCCGCUCUACGCCUGCGUGGGAAUAUCUACGCUCUACUCGUUCAUGUUUGAGUUCUUGACUGCCUAUCUGUACGGCUCGAGUGACGCACGACAGAGAUUCUACGCGAGCGAACGAGUCGCGCAAGAUAGUACCAUAGGAAUGAACAACGCGACGGCGGAGGGGGAGAGAUUGUCGGCACCCGUACCCUCGUCUUUAAAGGAUCCUUCAAUUGUUGCUGGUCUACAGAAUGUGAUACGUAAUAUUAGUGAUUUUACUAUAGCAGUUAGCAGUACGGAGGCGACGUCGACGCCGCACGAAGGCAGAAACAUAAUAAACAUGGGAUCAAGCUUCUCGGAGCACCGAAUGAUGGCUCAAAAAAUGCAAAGCGCUCUAAGCGACGCGAGUAUCUUAACGAGAUUAAACUCGAGCGUCUCAACCGUAUCGCCUAUAGAUAAUUAUAUUAGCGACAACAUGUUCGCCGAUGAUAUUAAUUUCUCCACGAAUCUCGCGAUAAGGAUCUUGAUGCAGAUUUGCAUCCACUUGAUAGGCUUGCACAUCCUGAUAAUGACCUUUGUGAGGAUGCGCGGCACAUUCAUGAAGGUCGGCCAGUCCCUACUGGUCCGCCGACAGCUGGAGGUGGAGAAGCAGUUGAAGGAGAAGAUGAUACACUCGGUGAUGCCGCCGACGGUCGCGGAUUGGCUCAUGGAAGAGAGCGAGCGCGAGAGGGAACGGGAGGACUCUCUGAAGAAGGGCUCGAUACCGUCCAACAAUACCGACAUCCGCUCGUUGUUUCGCCCCUUCAACAUGCACUCGAUGGAGGACGUCAGCAUCCUGUUCGCCGACAUCGUCGGAUUCACCAGGAUGAGCUCGAACAAAACCGCGGAGGAACUGGUCGGCAUACUCAACGAUCUCUUCGAACGCUUCGACGAUCUCUGCGAGCAUCACGGAUGCGAGAAGAUCUCCACGCUGGGGGACUGCUACUAUUGCGUGAGCGGGUGUCCCGAGCCGAGGUCCGAUCACGCCAAAUGCUGCAUAGAAAUGGGGCUAGCUAUGAUCGAAGCGAUAAAGCAGUUCGACAUCGAGAGACGAGAGGGCGUGAACAUGAGAGUGGGUGUGCACACGGGCACCGUACUCUGCGGACUCGUGGGCACCAAGAGAUUCAAGUUCGACGUGUGGUCGAACGACGUGACCCUGGCGAACAAACUGGAGAGCACGGGAAAGCCCGGCCGCGUUCAUCUAAGUGAGAAUACAUUGAGAUUUCUGGGAGAUCAAUAUAUCACAGAAGACGGAGAAAUAUUAAAUGGUGUGAAAACUUACUUCAUCAGAGCCCGCAAAUCCGACUUUGUGAAUCAAUUUAUCACGAACAUCACGUCGCCCAAGAGUAUCUCGCCGUUGUUGCAGUCGCGAAGUCGUCUGGCGUCGUGCAACCAGCAGGCUAAGCCGCGGCAUCAUUAUCUCCAUAUGAUUACCAAUGCGAGCAGCUACAGGAUGAAGGCUAACUCCUUGCCUAGUAUCUUGGAUUCUGAGAACGACGGGGACACCAUGGACGAGAAAGAGGACUCGAACAAGAGCCCGACGUCCACCGCUAGUUACGGCAAGAAGAAACUGCGGAAUAAACCGUGGAGGUAUCUGCAGAGGCAGCGAACGACCGAGGAAAUGACACCGCUCGAGAUAGAAGAAGGAAGGAACAUCGCUAUGGAACAAGCGAAACCCGAUUUUCAAACCUAUCAGGAAUGCAAUGGAUUUAGGCGGUUUGCACUCAUCGAUCCGCAGGUUCCUUUGAACAACGGUGUCGAAAUGGAUCCGAAUCCUGUACCUUCUAGUCCUUUAUUAUCUGGUCAAGAGCCGAUUAGUCACGCUUCUUCCAUUUGCAGUAGGAAAGAUUCUGGAAUCAAGAGCAACAGCAGACGGAGUAGUAUUCAACAGCAGUUGUUUCUGAUGAACGGCAUGGCCCAGGGUGAUCUGUUGGGACACAGAGUCAGCGGUUAUUACACUUCUAGCUCAACAUUGAACUCCACUCACGAGCCCUCAUCGUCGGUGCCUCCUUAUCCGUUUCCUCCGAUGGUAACCGACACGUUCGGCGCGUGCUUUCAUAAAUUACGGAAGCAAUCCGAUCUCCAACUGAUCAGGUGCGUCCAGGACAACGUGAGCUCGCAGCGCUCGUACUUCGUCAAGCCGCCUCUUUCGAGCGUCACUCUCUUCUUCAGGAACGAAGAGAUGGAGAAGGAGUACCGGGAGAAUGCGCACAAGGUCAGCGAGGGUAUCGGCGACAAUCCGCCCACUUUGGCGACCUCGAGAUUCAACACGUACUUCGACAUUCUGAUAUCCGCUCUUGUCUACACGGCCAUCACGAUCUCGCUUUUCCUGCUGUGCAAGCAGUCGGCUUACUACACGGCGUUCUCGGUGCUCGCCAUCACCGUCCAGGUGAUCGCGGUGUCGCUCUGCAUCCGUCAACUCCUCUAUCCGAACACCGCACACGCGACGUUCACGCAGAGGAUCUUCAAGUUCUUCUCACGCUGGUACCCGUGGCAUGCGUGCGGCGCGAUCCUGGUCGGCCUGCCGAUUAUCUCCAUCCUGCUCAACUUCACGUGCAACAGCUCGCGCCUCAGCAACUUCGAGUAUUACUACAGCUACCUGAUCUUCGUCGGGCUGGUGCACUUCUGCAACUUCACGCAGCUCAACUGCUGGAUGAAGAAUCUGCUCGUCACCCUCGCCGGCGGGCUGUUCGUAUGCCUCGUGGUGAGUCACAUAUCACCGUAUCAGCGGGGGAAUCUUAGCGAUAAUCGCACGCAGCCGAGCGAUCCGCCGAGCGCCACGAGAGAUCUCGCCGCCUCGUCGUUCGCGCAGCAGGAAGUGGCCUGGCGCGCCACGUACAACGAGAGAUUGUACAAUUCCGAGAUUUAUCUGGAUAUGAUGUUGCUGUUGUUUCUGGUCUGGUUUCUGAAUCGCGAGUUUGAGAUCAGUUACCGGCUGUGCUUCCACGGCAACGCGGUGGCGGCGCGCGACAAGACGCGCGUCCAAUCGAUGAAGAAUCAGGCGGACUGGCUGCUGCACAACAUCAUACCCAAGUACGUGGCCGACCAGCUGAAAACCACCGCGAAAUACUCGCAGAAUCACAAAUCCGUGGGCAUUAUUUUCGCCAGCAUCGUCAACUUCAACGAGCUGUACGACGAGUCGUAUCUGGGCGGCAAGGAGUAUCUGCGCGUGCUCAACGAGCUCAUCGGCGAUUUCGACGAAUUGCUGGAGAGGCCGGAGUUCGCGAACGUCGAGAAGAUCAAGACGAUCGGCAGCACCUUCAUGGCCGCGAGCGGCCUGAAUCCGCAGGUGCGGCAGCAGAGCGAGCACGAGUACACGCAUCUGUUCCAGCUGCUGGACUUCGCCGUGGCGAUGCACAAGGUGAUAUACGACUUCAACCGGGACCUGUUGGGCUUCAAGCUGAUCCUGCGAAUCGGCUUCAACUACGGCGACGUGACGGCGGGCGUGAUCGGCGCCACCAAGCUGUAUUACGACAUCUGGGGCGACGCGGUGAACAUAGCGUCGAGGAUGGACUCCACUGGGGUCGCCGGAAGGAUUCAGAUUGCCAGUAAUUGUCUGGACGUCCUGUCGGAACGAUACGAGUUCGAACCGCGCGGACAGGUUUACGUGAAGGGAAAGGAUAACAUGGAUGUGUUCCUAUUGAUAGGCAAGAAGCAGGUCGCCGGCGGAAUCGACGCUUGAAACGUCGAUUGCGCCGGUAUUCUCGGCAACGAACGCAUUUGACACUAUUUGUAACCUGCAUCGAUCGAUAGAGCCUGUCUAUCCUUAAUAUUUGGAUGUUUCGCGCUUUUAACUCGCGGACGAUGUAGAUAUUUAUUGCAAUUUGAAUUUUGAGGUAACACGUGAUUAAAUAUCAGUAAUCUACCCUUUUACCUUUCACUUUCAGAUAUUUCAUUAAACAUUUAUAUAUUGUUGAAAGAUAGAUGCAUUCUUCUUUAACAAUGCUAUAUAUUUAACGAAAUAAUUAAAAAUUAAAGAAUUGCGAAUAGAUUUAUGAUAAAUAUUUUAUAAUUUAAUAACUCAAAUUUUUUAAUAGAUGCGAAACUGUGUAAAAGAAACUAUCCAAAUGUGGACAGACUCGAUACUGGCAAUCGAUUCAGGCCGAAAUAUCAGAUAGAGAGAUGUCUGUGAAUAGAGAGAGAGAGAGAAAGAAAGAGAGAGUGUGUGAGUGUGUGUGUGUGUGUGUGUGCGCUAUAUUUUUGCAAACAGUAGCAGUCGCGCUACUGAGAGAAAUGUACUCGCCUUAUUCGUUGACUGCUCAAACUAACGAAAGAUAUUUAUUAACGAGAGAUGUUAUUAUUGUAUUUUUGUAAAUAUUGAACGAUGUGUACAACGCGAGAAAAUAUAUAUCACGGAGGACUAUCCGAGAUCUGCCUUUGUCUUGAGUACAAAACUAAGUCGGGGACGGAGGAGUCUUUUUUAAGAGCGUUUUACGUUAACGAGCAUCGAAAUGGAAAUUAUUUGUGUAUAUGUAUUUGUGUAAUAUAUAAAUAUAUAUAUAUAUUUCGUAUUAUAUCCUGAUUCGCAGAUUACGGGACACUGUAUAUAUGUGUAUGUAUACGUCGUGAAUGAAUUUUGCGAAUAUGUAUGUGUAUAUAUAUAUAUAUAUAUGUAUAAUUAAACGUCGAGUCUCGAAAGAACGAUUAUUUCUCACAGCACAAGCGAUAGUGAUAAACACUCGUGCUGCAACUCUGACAAAUUAAUGUGGCAUUCUAUUAUCGAUAUUCUAAGAGCAACAGCGAAGUGUAUCGCGAUAAAAAGUCAACGAAGCUCGAUUUACCCCGUUAAAUAAAACUUACAAAGUGAUAGAAAAGAAAGAGAGAGAGAGAGAGAGAGAGAAAGAGAAAGAGAGAGAGAGUAAAUUUUUACAAUUUUGUCUUCCUCUUUGAUAUUGUAACGCAUGCAUAAGUGGAAGCAAGGCAAAACGUUACAAGCUUAAUCUGAUGUGUGAAACGAAGAUGAAAUUUUCGUCUCGGAGCGAUCGCAAAUGAUGAAACAUGAUUUUACCAAAGACCGAUUUCAAGUAACGAUUCAGGUAGCGAACGCGUGCGUUUCGUGCGCGCGGAUCACGCUUAGAAUUUGCCGUAGAUGCGACACUCGCCGCAAGAAAUUAUGCCGUAACACAUUCCACAAACGUAGCUUCGCAAAAUCCGCAAAUCGAAUGAACGAUCCGCAACGAAAAUAUACCCGCUACGUCGGAUUCCAAAGAGUAUCUUACUGCAUUUUCUUUUUAAUCGAUAUAAGCGAUACCGCGUUCGAUGGAACUUUCUUUUUUUUUUUUCAUGCUGUAGGAAUAGUAUUUCUAUAUAUGUAUGUUGUGUAUGUGUGUAUAUCUGUAUACUCGCGCAUUCUGAAAAUCUGAGAAGUCUCAGCUUUCGAGGAUUCAUUCGAGAGACUGCGCUAACACAGGAACUUGAGACACGAUGUUCGUAUGCGCGAUACACGAUGCGAGUAUCGACGUAUCGGUCAGAUUGACAUUGGAUGUCCGGAAGUAACGCGUUUAUAUCGACACAAGUAUUCUAAUCGUGGUUGUAAUUUUAAGUAGCGUCUAACUAAACGAGAUAUUGUUCCGUGUGAACGCAACAGUGUCACGUGUACGGCAUGCAUGUAAAUAUACGCUGUUAUGUAUUUAUGAUUUCUAUGUUGAAGCAUCCCUUCCGGGGGUGCUUGAGGGCGCUCGAUGGGUGCUGUACAGAAAUUACUUCGUAAUGUAUCGCUUCGAUUCGCCGUGAAACUUAAUGUCAAUCGUCUCCUCGAAGAUCGCAGUCAAUUAUUAGUUUUCCUCUUUUGCGUCGAGAGCGUACGAUAAGCCCACGGUGGUCUUUUCGCGUGCAUUACGUUUCGUCAAUUUGUGGUAGGGGCAGAACACGUUAACGAGAUGUCGAAUAAAAUGUAAAUUGUAUAUUUACGGAACGUACACAAAUCUUACGGAAAAGACAGAGAGACGCCAGGCUCUAUAUAUUGACGUACAUGUCAUUAUUGUCAAUGCAAUUUCUUUAUUACAAUAUUAUAUAUAUAUACAAGAUCAUAACUGAUUUCACUUCGAGCUGACGUACAAAAAACGCCAGCCAGGUCUUGUGAUUCUCCGCCGCCCUCUCGCCUGGCAUCGAUAACUGUCAGAUUCAUAAACGUCAUAAAUGUCGCAAUCCUUUCUUUGUUACACACACAUACACAUAUAUCUACGCGUGUGUAUGUGUGCGCGCGUGUGUGUGUAUGUAUGAACGUUAAUCAUGAAGCCAUCCGAGUAGUACUCGAUACUUUCGGCAUGUUUAACUGAGAAUUGUGUAAGUGUGCAAUGUGAUGUUGUUGAAUAGAUCAAAUUAUCGAUAAUAAAGAAUGAAUUGUGUCACUGUGAAAACAACGUCAUUUUGAAUUCAAUGAUGUACAUAAUUUUGCCAGUCAACGAUGACUGAAACUGGAGCAAGCGGGUACUUUUUGUAAUACCUGAAUGAUUCUGAAUUGAUUAUCCUAUUAAUUAAUCAUCCUGAAUUGAUUUCUCGUGCCAUAUAUAUCGUGUCGACUUUCACGUCGACGAUGCUAGACGUGCAUUGUUUUCGCGCGAUGGCGUACACGAGUCUUCGCCGACGCGACACCGAGAAAGGGGGAGAGAGAAAUUUCAAACACUUUACGACACGCUACGUAAAACUGGCAAUGCGUGCUUAUACCGAGAAUUCCCGUUGUACAGUUUGGAGCAUCGAAAGCUACUUUCCAAAAGCAUUGGAAUGAAUCCACCCGAGUGGACAGCUUUUAACGCUCCUUAACUCUGUACAAGCUUGUCUCGUUUCGCGAAACGGCGCGACAGAAGGGAAACGCUUGUUGCACCUUCGUCGCCGAUGUUCCACUGAUACAAAAUUAAAUGCUUUUAUACGAAGCCGUCUCGUAUUGCGACGGAAUCCUGUCUUUGUUCAAUUUGUAAAUUGAUGACCACUUUUCUCACAUGAUCUACGAAUCGCACACUAAAGAAUAAAAAAAAAAAAAAAAAAAA